CCGAACUUUUCAAUAUUCCACACUCAACAAUGCGCGGGGAAAUACUUGUAAUCGCCGCGUUCUGUGCCCUCUGGACGACUUCUCACGCCAGACACCACCACCGCGAACCGGCCAAACCUGCGCCAUUUCCAAACCCACCGAUCCCAGAAGAACCAUCGCCCAGCCAUUACGACACCGAAAUCCUAUUCAUCCCGUCCCGCAUCCUCGAAUCCCUCAUAGAAUCGAACGUUAUACCGCCUUCAGCGCCUCUACCCAUCACCCAGUUCCCCCAGGGCCCUCUCCCCGGCAUGCUGGGCGUGCUGCCGAUGCUGUUCCCGCCCGCCGAGCGGCUGCCGGUGGAGGAGUGGCGCCCCAGGAAGCCGAAGAAGUCGCGCAAGAGGUGCAGCUGCCCGGCGGUAGAGCGGCCGGUGUGCGGCAGCGACGGGCUCACCUACGGCAACGAGUGCGAGCUGCGGUGCGCCCGGAGGCUCGGCCUGCGCGUGGAGAUGGUGCGGACGGGCGAGUGCGGAGCGCCGCCGGAGGAGGCCUCGAUGUCGAGCUCGUCGUCGGAGGAGCCGGCGGAUGCGCCGAACGAGGCCUCGAUGGAGGAUUACUCCGAGAGUUCGUCGUCCAGCUCGGAGGAGGGCGGUACCGUCGAGCUGGUGUACGAUGAGAUCCCCAUGCGGACGGGGUUUUUGGUGUAGGGUGAUUGUAUGAGGGAGGAAUAAAGAUAUGUAAUAGAAA